AUGGCGAUGAAGGACAUGGCCCAAGACCUCGACAAGCUCGAUGUUCACAUCGACUCCCUCGAGGAUGCCCUUAAGCCCCUAAUCUCCGACCUGCCUGAAAUGUCUAACGAGCUUCCUCUCCUUGAUAAGGCUAAGAUGUUUGCUCUGACUGCAUACGCCAUUGAAUCACUCCUCUUCUCCUCACUUCGUCUACAAAAUGUGGAUGCUAAAGACCACAACAUCAUGACGGAACUCAAGCGCGUGCAACAGUACUUUGGCAAAAUUAAACAAGUUGAGGAGGCGCAGACGCCCGCCCAGCGGACAAUGACUGUCAACACCGAGGCUGCGACUCGGAUUCUCAAGGCGGAUUUGGGUGAUGACAAGGCUUUGAAGAAAAGACUGGAGGAGAAGCUGGCCGAGGAGCGUGCCAAGGCGUUGCUCAACUCUAUGCAGAAGACGAAGAGACCAGCGCCCGACUCGCCAUCUGCCAGCUCCUCAGGCCCAGAGAAGAAGCAGAAGAACUCACGAAGGAAGAGCUCUGGCAGGAAGAACAAGCCUUGA